AUGGUAGCAGUUGAGGAAGACGCGCCAUCGUUUUUCACGCCUGGCAGUGGAAACAUCGCGCUCGGAAUCGCUAUCGUAGUCUUCAUGACUAUCGCCCUGUACAACGCGCUGGAGUUAUCCCUCCUGAUCCCUCUUAGCUUCCGCCGCUAUCGCAGCCUCUAUUUUUGGUCGCUUCUUACAUCCGCUACGCUUGGCGUAAUACCCGCGACUAUUGGGCCGGUGCUUCAGUUUUUCAGCCUUGCACCACUAUGGUUGAGUCUGUUCUUGUCGAAUCUGGGGUUUGUCAUGAUGGUUCCGAAUCAAUCGGUGGUUCUCUACUCCCGCCUUCACUUGGUCUCGCAAGACACGAAUAUACUGCGCGCUGUGCGGUGGCUUAUUUUCGCAAGUCUUUUUGUUAUUAUCCCGACCAUCACCACGAACGUGGGCGACGCGUACUUGCCACACAACAGGAAGUGGUCACGCAGCUUCCAGGUGCUCGAGCGAUUCCAGGUUACCUGGUUCGCUGUGCAAGAAAUGAUCAUAUCGAGUAUCUACAUCUAUGAUACUAUCCGAAUGAUGAGGCUGAGUCCCGAAACCGAUAAACGGCGGAACAAGAUCCUAUACGAACUGUUGGCGGUCAACGUGACGGCAAUUUUGAUGGAUUUGACGUUGGUUGUCCUGGAAUACGUCGGAUUCUAUUUCACGCAAGUUAUUCUCAAGGCUGCUGUCUACAGUAUCAAGCUGAAGCUUGAAUUUGCCGUCUUGGGCAUGCUGGUGUCCAUUGUACAUUCCCGUGGAUCGUGGCAGGCGGACUGUGACACUUCUAUGCUCUCAUGA